CCAACUCUACCCCUAUGGCGUAAUAAAAGUGUAAAACCACACUUCCGUCUCACCGCGUAAGAACACUCCGUCGGGAAAACCUGUCUCCAUCAUCUUCAUCUCCUCCGGCGCACCAGAGCCGUCGGAUUCACCCACGCCGAAAAAAUGGACGCUCUCUUCGACUCAAUCAACGUCCGGGACCUCCUCUCCGCCACCGACCUCAGCGAUCCCACAACUCCCCUCUCCGCACCCGAUCUCCGCCUCCUAAUCCAGCGCCUCGAAUCUCACUCCCUCCAGAUCAAGUCCAAAAUCCAAUCCUACCUUGUUUCUCACCACCACGAGUUCUCAAACGUCUUCUCUCUCUGCAACGACGCCGUUUCGCGCUCCGGCAAGAUCUCCGACAACGUCUCCGAACUCCUCAGCGCCGUCUCCGACCGUCCGAUCGACGCCGAGAUCUCGGACAUCGUUAAGGAGAUGAACGGGAAGAUGAGGGAGGUGAGGGCGAAGCGUGAAUUGUUGGAGUUGGUGAGGGUAAUUGUGGAAUUAAGCGAGAGGCUUAGUUCGGCGAGAGAGGCCCUGAGGAACGGACGGCUGAGAUUUGCCGCCGACGAACUGAGGGAACUGAAGAUGGCUCUUGGAACUUCCGAUAAUGAUGAUCGCGUGAAUGAGAAAGAGCCGGUGGUGUACGGCUUGUUGAGGAAAGAGGGGUCCGAUUGCUUCGAGGAGAUUCAAGAGGCGCUUUUGAAGUUCAUGGCAAAUGCGGUGCAAUUCGAUCGCGAAUCGAAUGUAAUUCGAGUUAAAUACGUAUUGGGCAACGCUGGAAUUGACAGGAUCGAGCUUCGUACAGUUUUAAUGGCUUUAGAUGCGGUUGGCAUUUUGGAUUAUGGGCUAGCGAAAGUAGCUGAUUUGAUGAUCAAGAAUGCCGUGCCUUUGGCUGUGAAUUAUGGAUCCCCUGUAUCAUUUGUGGAAGAAUUUGUCCAGGACGCUGAAGUAAUGACUGGAGCCAUGUUAAAGAUAGUUCCAUUACGUGAGCCAAAGGCUGAGAAUGAGGGUGAGACUAUUUAUUCAGGGAUUAUUCAGAUAAUCAGGUUUGUCUACAAACGCAUAUGCUUGGAAAACGGUUCUUGGAUACGAAGUUUCGGAAGAUUGACAUGGCCAAGGAUUUCAGAUUUGAUUAUUUCUAAUUUUCUUUCAAAGGUUGUGCCACAAGAUGCGUCAAAACUUGCCGACUUUGAGAAGAUCAUUGAACGCACGUCUGAAUUUGAGGCUGCUUUGAAGGAAAUAACAUAUAUUUCAACAUCUGAUGACAAGGGUAACAGAUUAAGCGAUUUCGCAGAAAAUGUUGAGGUUCACUUUGCAUCUAAGAAGAAGAUGGAAAUCUUGGCAAAUGCUAGGAAAUUGCUUCUUCAAUGUGAUUUUAUAAUUCCUAAGGAGUAUACCAAGAAUGAUAAGAUGGCCUUAAACAAGUCCGAACAUGUUGUUCACUUGUUGUUUCUGUCAGAGAGGUGUGUGGUAUCAAAAGCAGCUCUUCAACUGAUGGAGCUUGUGCAUCAGACGCUUAAGGAUGUUUGCCUGUCAUCCUCCAGAGUUGCUUUGGAAUUCUAUCAUGCUGUCAGGGACAUUUUACUUCUUUAUGAAGUUGUCAUUCCCGUCAAGCUAGAAAGGCAGCUUGAAGGCGUCAACCAUGCAGCCAUUCUCAUGCAUAAUGAUUGCCUUUAUCUAUCUCAGGAGAUACUUGGGCUUGCAUAUGAGUAUCGCCCAGAUUUCCAAAGUUCCAUCAAGGAACAUGCUAUAUUUGUGGAUUUAGCUCCAAGAUUUCAAUUAAUGGCAGAGGAGAUGCUGCAGAGGCAAAUUCAACUGGUUAUCUACAAUUUGAAAGAGGCGAUAGAUAGUGCAGAUGGAUUUCAGAAUACCCAUUUGAAGCAAGAAUACGAAUCUGCAAAAUUUAGCAUUGAUCAGGUUGUUUUCAUUCUAGAGAAAGUACAUAUCGUAUGGGAACCACUGUUAAUGGCUUCGACUUACAGGAGAAGCAUGUGUAUGGUUCUAGAGUCAGUUUUUUCUAGAAUUACAAGAGACAUACUGCUUAUAGAUGAUAUGGCAGCCGAAGAAACAUUACAGCUCCAAAGACUAAUUCAACUGAUGCUGGAAAACCUAUCUUCUCUAUUGGAAUCACUAGCGGUUCACCGUCAAACGGAGAAUUCACCAGAGAGUACAGCUCAAACACUUGAUGAUCUCAUACCAUCGUUGGUGAAGAUACGUAAAGUGGCAGAAUUGUUAGAUAUGCCUCUAAAAUCAGUUACUGCAGCUUGGGAAAGCGGAGAUUUGCUCAGGAGUGGUUUUACAGUAAAAGAGGUUCAAGAUUUUGUCAAGGCCAUAUUUGCAGAUUCUCCACUCAGGAAAGAAUGCUUAUGGAGAUUAGAAAAUGUUAGUUUUUAGAAGCUCCAUUCUGUUUUUGCAUACAACUAAGGAUGGUAAAAGAAAAGGGUUUGGGUCGCGAAGAUGAUCUCUCGUUCCUUCUCAUGCAAUUGAACCAGUAGCCGAAGCAAAAGAUGCACAGUAAUCAGUAUUCGUAGUUUUUGUUAGUCACGUAUUUUAUUUAUGUCGAAAGGAUUUCCUUCUCACCAACUUUAUCUGUAAACUAAAACUAUGUGAUAGGGUUACAGCUUUCUUUUCUUUGUUUUGAAAUGAGAUGUAAAGAAGAGAUGGGAUCGGAGGGGGCAGGCACACAAUUUUCCUAAAAUGGUCUGCAAAAUAAAUCAAAUUAUAUUCA